AUGGAACCAGGGAGUGCAGAGGCGUCUGCCCAUGGAGUGGCAGAUGGCCAUGUCCCUCCCCAUCAAUUCGUCGCAAACACAGGCUAUAUCAACACCUCAAACGACCCCGCAACUGAUCCCGUAUCAGAAGAAAACGGCGAGGAAAACGACGAGGAGGAAUACUAUGAUGACAUUUUCAGCGACGACAAUGAAGAAGAACUGCUCGAGGACAGUCUGGGUGCCGCAAACCCCAAUGAUUUCACCAAAUCGUACAACCGCCAGCGUCGGCUCAACGAAGCCAUCGCCGACUCUAAUGCGCCCAAGUCGUCUUACCCAAAGACGAACCCUCAGCGACCAAAGGCAAACGUUAGCGCCGCAGUCGAUGAUCAAAUUGAAUCUCUGUCAAAACAUGCCACUAAGAUCAGGCUGGAUGACUCCCAAUCGGGGCUCCGAGGAAAGGAUGCUAGGGUAGUGGACAAGAGCGACCGUGCCACCUCGGAACAGGUGCUCGACCCGCGAACAAGGAUGAUUCUUUUGCAGAUGAUAAAUAGGAAUGUGGUGUCUGAGAUUAACGGAUGUUUGUCGACUGGAAAAGAAGCAAAUGUCUACCAUGCCGUCACACUGCGGGAUACUGAUGAAGGUGACGUUGAAACCAUCCAUCGGGCUAUCAAGGUCUACAAGACUAGUAUCCUGGUCUUCAAAGAUCGAGACAAGUACGUCACCGGUGAAUUCCGCUUCCGCAAGGGCUACAACAAGAGCAACAACCGCGCCAUGGUCAAGGUGUGGGCAGAGAAAGAGAUGCGGAACCUACGACGCAUUCACUCUUCAGGCAUUCCCAGCCCGGAACCUCUCUAUCUCAAACUUCACGUUCUUGCCAUGGGAUUUAUUGGCAAUUCACGAGGUAUUCCAGCCCCGCGGCUAAAGGAUGUUACUCUCGACGUUCCGGACCCUGAGUCUCGCUGGCAGGAAUUAUACAUGGAGUUGAUCGGCUACAUGCGUACCAUGUAUCAGACUUGCCGACUAGUGCACGCCGAUUUGAGUGAAUACAAUAUACUAUACCACAAAGACAAACUCUACAUCAUUGAUGUCAGUCAAAGUGUGGAACACGACCAUCCUCGCAGUUUGGAAUUCCUCCGAAUGGACAUCAAAAACGUCAGCGACUUUUUCAGUCGCAAGGGAGUCAACACUUUAUCUGAACGUAUCAUUUUCGAAUUUAUCAUCAGCGCCCAAGGGCCUGACUUUGUUGAUGGCAACAAGGAAGCCAUGACAGCAGCCAUCGAGAAACUGUAUGACAUUAAAAACCAACCAGGAGGUGCUCCAGACGGCGACGAAGUCGACACUGCCGUUUUCCGUCAGCAGUAUAUCCCCCAGACACUUGAGCAGGUGUAUGACGUGGAACGGGACGCAGAAAAAGUCAAAUUCGGCGAAGGCGCCGACCUUGUCUACCGGGACUUGCUUGCUGAUAGACCGAACCCCUUACGAUCCAAAAAAGGAGCUGAACACCCAGUCACUGGAGCGGAAGCUGAUGAUGAAGACGAUUCUGAUCAGAGUGGCGGCGUUUCAUUACUCGACGGGUCUGGGUCAGAGGGAACAGACGACGAAGCUAGAUUCGCAAAAGGGACGCCGCGUGGCAAGAAACACGAAGACAAGGAGGAAAAGCGUCAACACAAGCAAAAGGUAAAAGAGGAGAAGAGGGAACAAAGAACGAAGAAAAUUCCAAAGCAUGUUAAGAAAAAGCUGGUAAGCUCUACAAAGCGGAAAUAA